UACUUUUAUAAUGUUCCUGAUGAGACGCUGGUCCAGUCUGGGACCUCAAAAACAGCUGGAAUCUGGAACUGAGCCUAGAAAAUAGUCGAAGACAAAACCUGGGCAUUAGCUAACUGAGCUAAAAGGUUGCUUCUCACUAGGGUGUCAAGAAUAAUGCUGACUGAAGAUGGAUGCUCCUGAGUACUUGGAUUUGGAUGAGAUUGACUUCACUGAUGAUUCAGUGUAUUCUGUGACAUCCUUGAAGAACAUUCCAGAGCUGUCCAGAAGAAACGAUGGUCAGGGAGAAGAAAGACAAGCCCCAGCCAUCAACUGGAGCCGUGGUGUGUCGUCACAUAGUGGCGGUGGAAUCAAGCCGACCGGCAUCGCCGACGUCCACAGCAAAUUCCGACCUGUGAAGAGGGUCUCGCCACUCAAACAUCAACCGGAGACCUCUGACAACGAGAGUGACAACGAGGCUCAGGCUCACAAUGGGGAAGGCAGCAGCAAAGAAGAAGCCUCAGACAAAACACCUGCAGCCUGCGAAGGCCAGGGAUUUAAAGCCAAGAGCAUGGGUACCGGAGGAGCUCUUUUUGGGGAGCUGGAGCACUACGACCUGGACAUGGAUGAGAUACUGGACGUGCCUUACAUUAAAUCCAGCCAACAUGUCUCUACUCUUCCCAGAGUUCCCCAUGACAAAAGGACGGUGGGCGGCGGUGGCAACGCCAGUGAGAGGUGCCACGGCAUUAAGACCUCAACACUUACCCACCCUGAGAGCCUUGCAAGUGUCACCCAGUACUGUAUGCUUUCGCCCGUCAAGUGGUCUGAUAUGAGGAAGUUGAAAUCUCUGGACCCGGACAAUCACCGACCAUCCACUGGGGGCUAUGACCACUCCACACCAGGAUCACUUAGCUGUUCCUCUGCCUCAGACAUGGAUAAACUUUUAGCCAACAGGGCCUACCCAGAGACACAGGCACACAAGACAGGGGCUGACACCCCUGGGAGCAGCCAGGCAAUGAUGUUCCCCCUCCAGGGCUGUGCUGGGUCUAGGCAGGACAGCAGUAAGACCUGGAACGGUACAAGACUGCACGGAGAGUGUGAUGACGAGACCAAGAAAUCCCAGAACAUCAUCAAUAUCAUCCGAGAGGGGCAGAUUUCUCUGUUGCCUCACCUGGCGGCUGAUAACCUGGAGCUGAUCCAGGACGAGGAGGGGAACAACCUGCUCCACAUCUCUGCGUCCCAGGGCCACGCUGACUGCCUGCAGCACCUCACCUCCCUCAUGGGAGAGGACUGCCUCAACGAGCGCAACAACCACCAGCUUACACCUGCUGGGCUCGGGGUGAAGAACGGCCAUUUGGAGUGUGUGCGCUGGAUGGUGAGUGAGACGGAGGCCAUCGCCGAGCUGAGCUGUAGCCGAGAGCACCCCAGUCUCAUCCACUACGCAGCCCGCUACGGACAGGAAAAGGUUCUGCUAUGGCUGCUCCAAUUCAUGCAAGAGCAAGCCAUUUCUCUGGACGAAGUGGACCAGUACGGAAACAGUGCAGUGCAUGUAGCUGCUCAGUACGGCCAUCUCACUUGCAUUCAGACCCUGGUGGAGUACGGCUCCAACGUCACCGUGCAGAACCAGGGCGGCGAGAGGCCUUCCCAGAGCGCUGAGCGGCAGGGCCACACCACCUGCGCCCGCUACCUGGUGGUGGUGGAGACGUGCAUGUCGCUGGCCUCCCAGGUGGUCAAGCUCACCAAGCAGCUCAACGAACAAGCAACAAAGACGAAUGCUCUACAGAAUCAAGUUCAGCUACACCUGGAUCCCUCAAAAGCAGAGGGAACUUUGCCACGAUCACCCAGCUCCCAUGUUCCGUCUGUGGAGGCGUGGCCUGAGAUGACCCUGACCGCAGAGGGGACCCCCGGGGAUGGCCACUGGAUCCUGAGGCAGAGGAGCGUCGACUCAGACACCGUCCUGCGCCAACUGCUGGGUAAAGACAUCUCAGACAAGGUGUGCACCAAGGAGAAGCUGUCCCUGGAGUUCCAGGAGGGCUCCAGAGCGGGGCCUCCUAGUCUGAACGGGGCCAACCCUGGGCCCCUGCGCAGGAUGGGGGUGGUGGAAAGACGGGAGCUGAAGCUGGCCAGACUCAAGCAGAUCAUGCAGCGCUCUCUCAGCGAGUCCGACUCGGACACCUACCCCCCUGAAGAGGCCAAACAUGGCCCCCCCCCAGGGAUGCGCCUAGAGAGACCCAGCCACCUGCCCAUCGCAGAGAGCGAGGAGCCUGUCGGCAGCCUGCAUCUGGGCAUGAAGAAGCACACCUCGACCACCGAGCACAAGUCAGCUUUCGCCCUCAGCACCUCCAAGUCCAUGGAUGGAUACCCCUCGCCCACAUCGGACAAAAGCGAGCUUGACGCUGACGGGAAACAGGAGGCCGGUGGAGAUUUCCCCGACUACAACAAUGGACAAAAGAUCACGACGAGCCCCAAAAGUGCACUCAAAUCGCCUACCUCUCGAAGGAAGACCUCCCAGAACCUGAAACUGAGGGUGACCUUUGAUGAGCAGGUGGUUCACAAGACGGGACCACCAGAGAGUGAGCCGCCCAAGGGUGCCCACAGUAAAGAAGGAGCCGGAGGUAGGACUCCUACAGGGUCCGAGACGGUGAAGCGCCCGUUCGGGACAUUCCGCUCCCUAAUGGAAUCGCUGAGUGGAAAUCAGAACAGCAACAAUAAUAAUGUCCAAACGUCUCCCUCUGUCAAACAGUCAAGCUGUGGUGUGUCCCAGGGCUCGCCUGGCAGGAAAACUGAGGUUAAAACCAGUCCAUGUGGGCACUCCAAGGGCAAGAGCAAAGCUAGUGCUGUUUAGGGGCCUUUUUUUAAGAAAAAAUUUAAGGACAAAAUAAAAAAGCAUUGUACUUUCUCUCACAGUAUUUGAUCAACUUGACAAUUUUUUUGUAACUGAAGUCUCCUCUGAAGUAUCCAAUACAAUUGUAUUAGAGUAUGUAUACUUAUGCACACACAGUUAUACCAUUGGUAAUACAAUCUGUGGUUUUUCACAUGCACUUAAUGUGCACUAGCACAAAGCGUAUACACUGGAUAAAAAUAUAAACGCAACAUGCAACAAU